AUGCUCCCACGAGCUGUCCGCCUCUGCUAUAGAGGAGCUUGGGGACAAGCAAGCCGAGCUCCUCGAUCCAUUCGAAGCUAUCAUGAUCUUGGGCAAAGCAAGUUUUUGAAGGUCUCAGAGGAAAUCCGUGAUGCAGUGGCCACAGGGAAACCAGUCGUGGCGCUCGAGUCCACAAUUUAUACCCAUGGAUUUCCGUACCCCGAGAGCGUCGCUCUUGCGUCUUUGCUUGAGUCUGUCGUUCGUGCUAAUGGCGGCAUUCCUGCCACCAUUGGGAUCUUGAACGGGGAAGCCCGCGUUGGUCUCACUGCCGAGGAACUCAUUGAGUUGGCAUCCACGGCGGAGAAAAAGGAUGCUUUGAAAGUCUCGCGUAGAGACCUGGGUUAUAUCUGUGGCCUUGGAAUGGCUGGUAGACGGCUACACGGAGGGACCACGGUUUCCGGCACAAUGGUACUCGCUCACUUGGCUGGUAUCAAGGUUUUCGGCACCGGUGGCCUGGGUGGUGUUCACCGAGGUGGAGAGUCGUCCAUGGAUAUUUCAGCCGACCUUACCGAGCUGGGACGCACCCCAGUAGCUGUCGUCAGCUCUGGCUGCAAGAGCUUCUUGGACAUCCCACGGACCCUCGAAUAUCUUGAGACAGAAGGAGUCUGUGUUGCGACCUUUGCCGAUGGUCGUGAGGGCUCUGUUGAUUUCCCCGCGUUCUUCACUCGUGACAGCGGUAUCAAGAGUCCCCGCGUUAUCAAAGAUGAGGCAGAAGCAGCUGCGAUUAUCUAUGCGCAAUCGAGAUUACCGGUAACAUCUGGCAUUCACUUUGCCAACCCUGUUCCGGUUGAACAGUCGAUCCCGAAAGCCGAAAUGGACACAAUCAUCGACGAAGCAAUCCAUUUGGCCGAGGUAGAGGGCUACAAAGGCAGUGACAACACGCCUUUUGUGCUCGGAAAAAUCAAAGAACUGAGUGGUGGCAAGAGCGUGAUUGCAAACCGGGCCCUUGUCGAAGCAAACGUGAAGCGUGCAACCAAGGUGGCUGUAGAACUCGCCAAGCUGGAACAUGGAUCAUCAGGCGGCCGACACAUGCCAGUAAUCUCCGAGGCCGCAAAAGCUGACCAAGCAACUCCAGAGGCCGGGCUGGAUUCUAAUCCACUGACUGCGAGCACCAUCGAACAGCUGGCAAAGGUAGACGUCCUUGUGGCUGGCUCACUCGCGAUCGACCUGUCCUGCGACUAUACGCCCAUCUCGGGCGCAGGCGACAAGACCACCCCCGAGCCUCACACAUCAAACCCCGCGGUCAUCGGCCAGAGCUUGGGCGGCGUGGGCCACAAUGUCGCCAUCGCAUCGAGCUACCUUGGCAGCUCUGUUCUAUUCUGCAGCGUGGUUGGAGAUGACCUGAGCGGCUGCGCGGCCUUGUCCACGCUCAAGGAGGAGGGGCUUCCCACCGCCGGCGUACAAAUCCUGCCUCCUUCGUCCGGCGCGCGCACCGCACAAUACAUCGCCAUCAACGACGCCAAGCGGGAUCUCUUCGUGGCCAUGGCCGACAUGGGGAUCAUGGAACUGCCGGAGAACGCCCUCGACUUUGACGGGUUCUGGGAACCCCUGGUCCGGCGCACCAGGCCCGAAUGGGUGGUCGUGGAUGCGAACUGGAGCCCCGCGGUUCUGGCCAGAUGGGUCGCCGUGGCCAAGGAGCACGGCGCGCGGGUCGCCUUCGAGCCGGUCUCGACAGCCAAGUCCCGCCGUCUCUUCGGGAAAGACGCAGCCAUCGGACCGGCUGGAGCGGUGCCCCACAACGCCAUCAGCCUCGCGGCCCCGAACCAGCUCGAGCUCACGACGAUGUACGCCGCCGCCCGCGACCAAGGAUUGUUCGAUUCCGAGGGCUGGUGGCGCAUCAUCGACGCGAUGGGGAUGUCCUCGGCUGGGUCGCGGGACCGGCUGGUUGCGAUGACGUCGGCCGAGCUGGUAGACGCGGGGAUCCCGCAGCAGAGCAUCCAACUCCUCCCCUUCAUUCCGUGCAUUCUCACGAAACUGGGCGCUCGCGGCGUCCUGGUGACUCAGCUGCUUCGUCCCGGCGACCUCCGUCUGACGGCUCCGGACUCAGCGCCGCAUAUUCUGUCCCGCUCGCCGCCGACAGAUGAGCUGGUUGGGGGCGUGUACAUGCGGCUCUUCCCGCCGGCGGCGGUGCUGGCCGACGGGGACAUCGUGAGUGUCAAUGGAGCAGGGGACACGCUGCUUGGCGCGGUUGUUGCCGGGCUCGCCAAGGGGACGGGGAGGACGGUGGAGGAGGUCAUUCCUCUUGCGCAAGAGGCUAGCCUGCGCACAUUGAAGAGCCCUGGUGGUGUGAGCGGGGAGAUCGCCGGCCUACGCACAUUGAUGGAUGCCUUAUAG